GCCAAAAAGGUGAACUUGUUUGUGAGGGUGAGCCAUGUGCUACAUCAACUACUACACCAUUACCACAAGAUAAAUAUCCAUGUAAAAAAACAGGCUGGACACCUUGGAUGAAUUCUCCGUAUCAAGUUGGUGGUGAUUAUGAACUGCUUGAGGAUUAUCGGUUGUCCCAGAUAUAUACUGAGUUCUGUGGAACAGAUAAUAUAACUAAAAUAGAAUGUCGUGUUGUUGGAUCUCUUAAAUCAAUCAAAGCAGCAAGGCAGUAUGCCACUUGUAAUUUGCCAAAAGGACUAGUGUGCAAUGACAGAGAACAGACUUCUGGAAUGUGUCAAGACUAUGAGAUCAGAGUGUACUGUCAAUGUAAAAAAGAACCGACUAUACUUUCAACAAUAACCCCAUUCAUCACUACUGAAGCUACAACUUUAAUCGAGCUUCCUUCAAAAUGUACGGCUCCAGGCUGGACCUUUUGGAUGAAUUCUAACAAGCCAGAUGAAAUUGGAGAUGAUGAAAGCAUAGGAGAAUUGAGAAAGAAGUAUGUGUUCUGUCCAGAAAAUGAAGUAGAGAAAGUUGAGUGUCGGGUAGCUUCUACUAAAGUUAGUUUUGAAUUUAGCAAAGAUCAGAAUGUUCAGUGUAGCAGAGAAGGACUUAUUUGUAAGAAUUCUGGCCGUGGAGACUUCAGUACAUGUGCUGAUUAUGAAGUAAGAUUCUACUGCAAAUGUGCCGAUACAGCAUGUGACUUCCCAAGGGGUAUGGAAAAGGAUUACAUUUCUGACCAAGAAGUUAGUGUAUCAAGCUUCCGCUCACCAUCCACUUUAGGAAACAAAGCUAGGUUAAAUGGGAACUCAGCAUGGAGUGCUGGGUAUCUUUCUACAGAUGAGUGGAUUCAGGUGGAUUUACAAGAAUUACAAGAUGUCACUGGUGUAAUUACACAAGGAAAUCCCUUGCAACCAGAGUGGGUAACAGCAUACAAGGUCUUUUACAGUAAAGAUAGUGUAGCAUUUUCAGUAUUGAAAUCACCAGAUGGAAGUGAAAAGGUUUUCACUGGAAAUAGUGACCAGAAUACACCAAUUACAAACAAGUUUGAUAAACCUCUGAAAGUCCGUUUUGUACGAAUUGUACCCUUUCAGUGGAAAGGUUGGAUAAGUUUACGAUUAGAAAUUCUUGGCUGUAAUAGAGAAAUUCCUGUUGUUACUACGACUAUGCCUUCUUGUGUCCCUGGUUGGACUCAGUACUUCAAUAUUGAUAGUCCCAAAUCUGGUGAUGGAGACAUCGAACUCUUUAAAGAUAUUCGUAACAAGUAUGAUCUCUGUGAUGACAGCUUGAUUCAAAAGAUUGAGUGUAGGUCAUUUGUGAAUGGUCAAAUGGUGGAUCAUACUGAAACUGGAGAUGUUGGGAUUAAGUGUUCUAUAAGGAAGGGUCUUGUAUGUCUCAACUGGCUACAGAAAAAAGGAAAGUCUUGUCACGACUACAGCAUUAGAGUUUAUUGUGGUUGUGGUCCGAUACAGACUGAGACUGAAAGUAUAACACCCACGGUGACAACACCAGUCAUUAUUCCAAAAUGCACCCCAGGUUGGACUAAAUUUUAUAAUAUAGAUGUUCCUUAUACUGGUGAUGGAGACUUUGAGUCAGUGAAAGAACUCGUAAAGAAAUAUCAGUUUUGUAGUGCGGAUCAGGUUAAGGGCAUUAAGUGUAAAGCUUCAUUAAAGUCUCCUCUAAAGGGUAAGCAGUUUGUUGACUGGAAAGAAACUGGAGACAAUGGUGUAGAGUGUUCCACUACCAAAGGACUGAUAUGCUAUAAUAACCAACAAGGAAAAGGUGGAAAAUGUCAUGAUUACUCAGUUCAGCUUUACUGUGACUGUGUUUUAGAACCUAGACAUGCACCUCUGUGUAACUGGACAGAAUGGUGGAAUAAAGAUGAUCAAGAUGGUGAAGGAGAUUUUGAACCUAUCAAAAUGUAUCAGAGUAUGUAUAGAGUGUGUCAGAAACCUGAACUGAAAGCCAUUGAAUGUCGGCUUGCUAAAACUAAGCAUGAUUAUCGAGAAGUCAAACAAAAUGUAACUUGUGACAUUGACACAGGAUUUAGCUGUUACAACAAGUACCAAAUUGGAAAAUGUUAUGAUUAUGAAGUGAGAUUUUUCUGCUAUAGUGAUAAAUGUCCCAAAACCGUUCCUCGACCAAAACCUAUUCCAUCAUGUGUUCCAAGCUGGACACCUUUCUUUAACAAUGAUAGCCCUACUUCUGGAGAAGGAGACCUGGAACUUUUAGAAGAUAUACAGAAGCGUGGAAAUGUAUGUUUUGAUAAAUACAUUGCAGGCAUUGAGUGUAAAACUCGUAUUGGGAAGACUGUGGUUGAUUACACAGAAUCAGGAGAUUUUGGAGUGAAAUGUUCACCAACAGUAGGACUGGUGUGUCAAAACUCCUUACAGAAGAAAGGACAUAAGUGUCAAGAUUAUUCAGUCAGGUUCUACUGCUCUUGUGUCCCACCUGUCCCACCUGUCACUACAGCUCCUCCGUGUCCUUUAACCCAAGUGUAUGAUGACUGUGGUUACCGCUGUAAUCAGACUUGCCAGUCCUUUUUUAAACUUCUUGUCAAUGAACAGAAAUGUGCACUUGGAACCCCUUCAGACCUGUGUAUUCCUGGAUGCCGACCAACCGUAACCUGCAGUGCCCCCUAUGUCUGGAGAGACUAUACCACAUGUGUGCGUAAGGAGGAGUGCACAUGUGUUUUGCCUGAUGGGACAAUUCUCUCUCCUGGUAGAGUUAUUGCCUAUAACUGCCAGAAGUGCCAAUGUCAAGACAAUCAUCUUACAUGUGAACCAAUACCCAACUGUGGAAUAACACCCAUCACAAAGGUAAUCACUCCACCAACGCCAACUGCAGUUGGACAAAUUAGGUGCUGGACAGACUGGAUCAAUAUUGAUUCCCCACUAUCAGGAAGUGGUGACAUGGAAGAUCUUUCAGAAAUUCGUUUGAAACACAGUUUAUGUUCUAACCCUCUGGCUAUUGAAUGUAGAGUGGCUUCAAGUAAGGAAAGUUCUGCAGAUGCUGGUCAGAAUGUGGAGUGUGGAGUAAAAACUGGACUACAUUGCUGGAACAAUGUAAAUGGACAAGAAGGAUGUUAUGAUUAUGAAGUCAGAUUUCUCUGUCCUUGUCCUGGCAGCACUUUUUCGGCACCUUUCAUCACCACAACUCCCCCUCAAACACCAGCACCCUGUGUAAGUGGUUGGACAAACUGGAUUUCUUCUCAUGUCGUUGAUGAUAAAGGAGAUUAUGAAACACUUCAGAAUAUCGAAGCAAAACACUUUAAGUUACCUUGUGAAAGUAAAAUGAUUACAGCAAUAGAAUGUAGACCAAUUGGAAUUUCGCCCAAUUUACCAAAACAAAAUAUCGUUUGUGAAAUUAAAUUAGGCUUAAUUUGUCAAAAUAAACAAGGGAAAGGAGGCCAAAAAUGCUAUGAUUAUGAAGUACGCUUUCUUUGUGAAUGUGAAGGGACGACAACUAGUACAGAACUAAUAACAGAGACUCCUGUAGUUACUCCAUCUAUUACUACAGUAGUGAUUGUCCCAACAACUCCGUCAGUACUCCCCGCGUGUACUAUUUACAAACGUCUCAUCAGUGGACCAACCCCUCUUCCUGAUGAAAAACUGAAAGCUUCAAGUAGUUUAAGUUCAGAAAGUGAGCCACAGAAUUCAAGAUUAACAUCACAGAAGGGACCAAAUUCAGCUGGAGCAUGGAUCCCAGCUUACCUUGAUAAAGAUCAGUAUCUUCAAGUUGAUCUCGGAAAAGUCCAGCCUGUAUAUGGUCUUAUUAUUAAGGGUCAGGACAAAGCUCGAGCAUGGGUGACAGCUUUUAUGGUUAUGUAUAGCUCUAAUGAUCAGUCUUUCUCAUUUGUGACAGAAUCAUCCAAUUACAAAGUGGCUAAAGUUUUUACAGGAAACUAUGACAGUUCUUCAGAGGUGGAACAUAUUUUUGUAAAUCCCUUUGAAGCAAGGUAUAUUAGAGUUCAACCAUUGGAAUGGGUAGGACAGAUUGCGUUACGUUUGGAACUCUUAGGGUGUGAAGGCUUCCAAAAAAUUUCCACAGUAGCACCAACUCCUUCACCAGAAUGUCAAGAUAAAAUGGGAUUAGAGAAUGGUAAAAUGACACCUGAUCAGGUCAGAGUUACUUCUUCUAAAGGACCAAGCUUUGGGCCUUCUAGAAUUGGACUAAACACACUUGCCACAAAAGGUGCAGCUGGUGGGUGGGUAGCUAAGUUUGAGGAUUCAAACCAGUUUAUUGAGAUCAAUCUUCGGGCACCAAAGAACCUGACUGGUUUAAUCACUCAAGGGCGUAAUGGAGUAUCCCAAUGGGUCACUUCUUACUACAUCACUUACAAGAGUACUAAAGAUGGCCCUUUCACUUAUUUAUCAGAGAAUAACAAACCAAAGAUCUAUCCUGCUAACUUUGACAGUGAUACACAAGUUACCAACUACUUUCCAAAGAUUAUUAGGGCUCAGUAUCUUCAAAUUCACCCUUUCAAAUGGCAUAAUUGGAUAUCAAUGCGUCUGGAACUUCUUGGCUGCUAUGAGCCCACAACUGAAGUUGUUUCUGAACUUCCAGUUACUUCAACUACACCUUUCAUUAUUUCUAAAUGUAAUGAACCAAUGGGACUAGAGAAUGGGCAGAUUCCAACAGCUGAUAUACGCGUAUCGUCCUCUCUGAAUCCCCAGAGUGGUUCUGAUCGUAUUCGACUCAAUACUGUGUCCAGGGCAGAUGGGACAGGAGGAUGGGUAGCACAAGUAAAUGAUCAGAAACAGUUUGUUGAAAUCAGGUUUCCUGAUAUAAGAGAGUUGUCUGGAAUUAUAACUCAGGGCCGUGAAGAUGCAGAUAAUUGGGUAACAAACUUUGCUGUUUUAUAUACUGCUGAUGAUAAGAAAUGGAUCAGUGCAAGAAAUAAUGUUGGUAAUAAGGUUUUUAAAGGGAAUACUGACCGCAAUUCUUUAGUUUACAACGUUUUUGACACUUCAAUCAAUGCUAUAACUGUCAGAAUUGUACCUUUGGAAUUUUAUGGAGCUAUUAGCAUGAGGUUGGAAUUACUUGGCUGCUUUGUAGCUUAUGAAAAAUGUGUAAGAUAUGGUCCUUGGAUCAGUUUGAGUACACCGAAACCCGGAAGUAUUGGUGACCAAGAGCCAAUCAGAAAGGUUGUGGAAGUCAGUGGUGGUUGUCUCAAUCCAGUAAGCAUUCAGUGUCGGGAAAGUAUAACACGUAAAGAUUACUCUACUAUGCAACAAAAAGUGACCUGUGACCUAUCUAGAGGCCUUUUGUGUCGAAACCAGGACCAACCACAAAACUACUGUUAUAACUAUGAAGUGAGAAUAGGCUGUUGGAUUUGCCCAAAUGUGACAACUACUGCUAUUCCUUCUGUGCCUCUCUGUCCUGAAAUUUCAAGUAUUAUUUCGACUGGUUGUCCAUCAUACUGUCCACCUGGAAAACUCUGUGAUGGUAUUGCUUGCGUUGAUCUAAUAGAUUGUCCUUGUAUGCAAGAAAACAAACGUUUCAAGCCAGGAGAUGUUCUUGAAACAGGGGACUGCCAGACUUGCUUUUGUCAUAUGAAAGGACAUUCUCGAUGUGAACCCAAAAAAUGUCCCAAAUGUCCUGAGGGUGAAAAACAAAAACUUACUUCUACAUGUAAAUGUACAUGUGAAGGCUGCCCAGAAGGCAAGGUUCUGUGUCCAACAAAUGGUCAAUGCAUUUACACCAAUAAUUGGUGUGAUGGAGCAAUUGACUGCCCAGAUGAUGAAGUCAAUUGUGAAACAACUCCUAUUCCAACAGAAAAACUAAUUAUUACCACUACACUUCCACCUGUAAUCAUCACACCAACUACUAAUCCUUGUGUGACUGAUGUCCCAUAUGGUGUUGCUGUGUGUGCUGUCCAAAAUGAAUAUAUUUCAACAUUUGACAAACUAGACUACAAAUAUGCAGUUUGUGAGCAUACAUUAAUGAGAGAGAGGGCACGACACUGGUAUUCUGUUUCUGUUUUCAAGAAGUGCACUGACACCAAACCUCAGUACUGUGAUAAAGAGGUUAAAGUCAUGAUUGAUGGUUUGGAGUUCAGCUUGGGACCAACAAUUAAUGAUUUCAAGAUAGAUAAUACAGCAUUUCAUCCUGAUAAUUUUUGGAUAAUAUCAGAGAAACUAAAAGAUAUCAGGAUUCAACGUGCAGGUCAAGAGCUUAUUUUGAAAUCCAUAAAUUAUGGGUUUGAUGUUAUAAUUGAUUCCCAGCAAAAUAUUAAAAUCAAGGCAUCUAAUUGCCUUUUUGAUAAAGUCUCUGGUCUUUGUGGAAACUUCAAUAAUAAUAAGAGAGAUGAUAAAGAAACUCCGAAACAAGAACAAGUUUUAUCAACGGAACAUUUUGGUGAUAGUUGGUCAAUAGGCACACCUGGAAAAUGUCUUCCACCCGUUUGUCCUUCAGAAACUAUGAAGCUUGCCUUACAGAUAUGUGAACAUGUCACAAAACCACCAUUUGAAGUUUGUGCAAGUAACAUGGUGAUAAAUACCUAUAUUACUCUCUGUUUAUCUACUGUUUGUGAUUGUCUUCAGCGACCUAAUGCUGAUCCUGAGGAAUGUAAGUGCUCAGCCAUAGAAAACUUUGUACAAACUUGUCGAUCAGUUACUAAAGCUUCAAUUGGAGAGUGGAGAAUAGCACAUGGCUGUGCUCCAAAAUGCCCACCUGGUUUAGUGUGGCAGGAUUGUGGCUCUCCAUGUGAGAUGAACUGUGAUAACUUCCAGAGAAAAGACUUAGUGUGUCCUGCUGUUUGUGUAUCUGGCUGUUUCUGUCCACCCGGACUGCUGCGCCAUGGGAAGUUCUGUGUAAAACCUGAAAUGUGCCUUGAUUGUGUUUGUAAAGGCUAUGGUGACCCCAACUACUACACUUUUGAUGGUCAGUAUUAUCCCUUUCAAGGAAAUUGUACUUAUGUUCUUGCUCAGCAUCGCACUAACAAGGGAUACCGAGAUUUCCAGAUUUUUGGUACAAACGUAGAAUGUCCAGAAGAACCUAAAACUGCCUGUUUGUCUGCAAUAACGGUUCGUUUCAAGGGAAAUACUGUGAGAGUACAAAAAGGAAGACAGGUAACAUUUAAUGGAUAUUCUAUCAAAGAAAGUGACUAUCCAUUUGUGGCUGAGGGUUUCAAUAUCACAGCAGUGAAAGAUCGUAGUGCUGUUGUUCAGGUUCCUUCUAUCAACCUUGCAGUUCGGUACUUUGAACUAAACUUUGGAUUUAACAUUGAACUGCCUUCUAAGUAUUACUUCAACAGCACAGAAGGAUUGUGUGGAAUAUGCAACUUUGAUGCAUCAGAUGACAUGUACCACAGUGAUGGCUAUGUGACAGACAAUGUAGAAGACUUUGCCUACAGUUGGCUAACCAAUGGAACUAAAGAGACUUGUACCAUCUCUAAGGAAAAGAUCCCAACACCACCCCCAGAGAUAUGCAACUUUACCUCUACUGCAUGUGAUUUUAUCAUUGAUCCCAUGCCAUUCAGGAAAGCUUGUGAGAAUGAUGUCUCAUACAGUAUGAAACCGGGUAGAUCAGUGUGUCGUGCUAAACUUGAAUAUGCUCAGCAGUGCUGUAAACGUGGUAUCUCACUGCAAAAAUGGUUGGAAUUAAAUAACUGUGGUUUUGACUGCCCCUCUAAUAUGGUGUUUGAAUGUCGCUCUCCUUGUGUCAAAACAUGUGAUAAUUAUAAAACUUUGUCCAGUCAGUACUGCACAUUAGAACCCCACUUCUCGUGCUUCUGUUCUAAAGACAAAGUCCUCAAACAAGGGGAAUGCUUAGAUUCUGUUGUAUGUGAAACCUGUGAUGCAGAAGGACAUGUGGUGGGAGAAGAGUGGAGUAAAGGACCAUGUGAAAAAUGUAGCUGCACAGAAGACCUGAAAGUUAAGUGCACCGAAACUCUCUGUCCACCUAGCCCUGUGUGUAAAAUAAACGAGACUCUGAGGAUUAUACCACCAAAAAAUGGUAGCUGUUGUCAGACUUAUAUCUGUGAGAUGGAAGUUAAGAAAUGUGAAGAGAUAAAUCUUCCUGACUGUAAACUUGGAGAGGUGGCCAAGAUUGAUACAAGUAAAGAAUGCCCUGUUUAUGUUUGUGAAUGUGAUGAAAAAAUGUGUCCACCUCUGGAAUGGCCUGCCAAACUAGAGUUAGGUCAAGGCACAGAAGUCCACACAUCUGGCUGCUGUAAGGAGGUGGUUGUGAAAUGCUAUCUGGACAAAUGUCCUUCUGUUCCUGAUUGUCCUAAAGGUUUUGAAAUCCAAUUCAACAAAGGUGUAUGCUGUAAUGAAAGUACUUGUGGUAAGAUGUGCAUAAUAUCAAAAAAUCACAAUAUGAACAAAGGGUUAAAUAUUUUAUUGGACAGAAUAACUGGUCAUUUAACAAUUCAAGUAUAUUUCCAAAUUUAUUUAUUUGAUAAAGAGAAAUAUUAGCUUUAGUGAGUGAAA